CAUGUUUUGGUGACCUGGUCUGCGAAGUCGGCAUCUGUGGCGACUCCCAAGUCCGCAAUAUCUGCGUCUCAUCAAAUAGUUUCCGUAGCGUCCGGGAUCAUACUACCAAGAUGCCUCCAAAGCGUGGUCGACCUCGGAGACAGGUACAGAGUACCGCAGCGAACGCGCAAGUAUGGAUAGACCCUGAUGUGCUAGCCAAACGGACCAAGAAACAUCUUGAGGAACUCGAGCGUUCUAAUUAUACUGAGCCUUCUGCAACGCUUACCGGCGCCGAUGAUGAAGAGCCAGAAAGAGGGUCAUCCGUCCGAGGCCGUGCUCGUCAGACAAUAUCAGACAAACGGGAGCAUGGGAGGAAAAAGAAGUCGACCAUGAACGUCCGUACUGCAUUGCUUUACCGGAAGAAUCUGACUACCCUCAUUGAGGAAUCUGGAAUAUCUUCUCUACCAGCCAAUUGCCCAACCUAUCUCACAGCCGUCGUGCCUCCUCCGAACGAACCACCUCGCCUUAUUUGCAGUGUGUGCGGUUACUGGGGCAAGUACAAGUGCGUGAGAUGCGCUAUGCCGUACUGCGAUCUCAACUGCGAGGCAGUCCACAAAGAGACGAGAUGCGAGAGACGCGUGAUAUAGACGCGAAUAGUGGUUUUCUGCUGAGGCGGAGGGCCGUCCUGUACUAGAGAUACUCGUGGCACCCAUCGCUCUAUAAGCAUUUGCUCUAGUGACAGCGGAUCAAGCCCGUUCGGGGGUUUACGCGUUUACGAUCUGAGCGAAUGGAAAGAGUAUGCUACGGUAAAGAGGACGUUAGUAGGUCGCAGCUGCCGGAGACUCUUGACGAAGGCGAGUUAAAGGUGUAAGGCGAUCUACACAUAUCACUGUAACGUUAGGUACCGCAUAUCGAGUCAUGGAAGCGUUUCUGCCACCGUUGAAUAUUGAGCUCCCUCAC